CGGGGCCCGUGGCGUGGCGCGGUUGCCAUGGCAGCGGGCGGCCUGGCUGGCCGCGGACCUGGAUCGCGGUGCCGAGUGCUGCGGCGGCCCGGCAGCGCUGCAGCCAUGAGCCAGGGCCUGGUGGAGGCGGCCUCUGAGACGGGAGAUGACAGUCUAUCUGCAAUUACCUUUGACUCAGACUUUGAGACGAAAGCAAGAAGGAAAGGUUUCCACAAGCCUCCCACAUCACCAAAGUCACCCUAUUACUCUAAGCCGAGAAAAGCAGCAUCCUGGCGGUCUCUCAGGACAGUGGGGAGCAUGCCUCUGAGUGGCAGAAUGUCCCUAACCCCACAGAAGCUCUGGCUGGGAGCUCCAAAGCAAGGUCACGUCCCGGGGACUACCGUCUACAGAGAAAAAGAAGAUAUGUAUGAUGAGAUUAUUGAGUUGAAGAAGUCAUUACAUAUGAAGAAAAGCGACGUAGAUCUGAUGAGAACAAAGCUUCGGCGCUUGGAAGAGGAAAAUAAUAGGAAAGAUAGGCAGAUAGAACAGCUUUUGGACCCAGGUCGAGGCCCAGAUUUUGUUCGGACCCUGGCAGAGAAAAGGCCCGAUGCUGGUUGGCAGGUCAUCAACGGGCUGAAGCAGAGGAUCUUCAAGCUGGAGCAGCAGUGCAAGGAGAAGGACAGCACCAUCAACAAACUCCAGACUGACAUGAAGACCACCAACUUGGAGGAGAUGAGGAUCGCCAUGGACACUUACUACGAGGAGAUCCAUCGUCUCCAGACUCUCUUGGCGAGUUCCGAUGUUGCAGGAAAGAAGCUGCCGAUGGAAAAGAAGGUGGGCGUGAAGAGGCAGAAGAAGAUGAGCAGCACUCUUCUGAAUUUGUCCCGGAGCGUCCAGGAGCUGACCGAGGAAAACCAGAGCCUGAAGGAAGACCUGGACCGCGUGCUGAGCAACUCCCCCACCAUCUCCAGACUCAAGGGGUACGUGGACUGGAGCAAGCCUCGGCUGCUGAGACGUAUUGCGGAGCUGGAAAAGAAAGUAAGUUCAAUGGAGAAUGCAAAGCCGCACAGCUCAGAAUCCCACAGACCAACUCCCCUGGCCCACUCCGUCUCCAACAGCGCAGCACACAAGCAUCCUCGGGACCGGCCGGAGGAGCAGGAGCGCCUCCGGGGGGCAGUGAAGAGCUUGAAGGCAGAGCGGAGCGCACUGCAGGCGCAGCUGCAGGAGAAAGAUGUGGAGGUAAAGCAGCUGCUUCAAGCAAAGGCCGACUUGGAGAAGGAGCUGGAGAGCAUGAGGGAAGGCAAGCAGGAGAGGCAAGAGCAUGAGCAGGUUUUGCGAGAGGAAAUUCAAACACUCACCAACAAGUGUCAAGAACUGGAAGAAACCAGGAAAGAGGAGCCCAGCGCUCCCAUGGAAGUGACUCGCGAGGCCUGCGGAGAGCUCUGCACACCCCCUCCCAGCAACAGGCACUCUCAGCAAGACUCUGAAGUGGAUUCUGGGCCGGAGGGCUGCCCUCAGCCCCUGUCCCCCAUCCCCUGCUCUGAUGGAAGGAGAGAGGCUGCUGCCCGGACGCUGCAGGCCAGCUGGAAGGCCCACAGACACAAGAAAAAAAAAAAGGCUGUCCUGAAUGAGGCGGCCACUUUGCUCCAGGCAGUUUUCAGGGGACAUCUAGCCCGAACAAAGCUGUUACUGAGCAAAUCCUGUGGUUCAGAAUCUCCAGGUCUGCCGGGCGUUCCAGAGCAGAGCUUGUCCACGCCCUGUGUCCCAAGCCCCAGGACCCAGGCUGAGAGCAGCUCAGGGCAGGAGGAGGCCAUCGCCACCAUCCAGUCUGUACUCCGGGGACACCUGGCUCGGGCCAAGCUCACCAGCUCCGGCGGUGAAAGGACAGCCACCUCCGCACCUAGCAGAGCUGCUCCAGCCACGCACCCAGAGACCUCCCCACCCUCCCGGACGGCUUCUCCUGGUGAGAAGAGCCAAGUGAGCGGUGAGGAGGUUGCAGAGGAUGAGCCAGAGGAGCCCGCAGGCGCUCAGCCCCACGCCGUUGGGUCCUCCUCCAUGGACCUGCAGCCCGUGAAGCCCCCAGCCCUGGAUGACAUCAACUCUGAUGACUCCGAUGAUGUUGUCUUUAUGCCACCUCUGCCCACAAAGAAAACCCCCUCCCCGUUCUAGGUCCCUGGCCAUUGUCUCCAAAUGGUGACAGCUGCCAGGGACAGGUUAGGUAGGGUUAAAGGACAAAGCACAUUCUAGAGAAUUCAUAACUAAAUUGGAAAGAUGAUUUAUUUUCCUAGAGAAAGAAUGAUCCCUCCUGCAUCUCUGCAUCCCAUCAGUUUCCUUGUAUUUUGCUCUUUGGUCUGUUGGAGGAAUCCUGGCAGCCUUUCUCUUCCUCUCUGGGGAAGCACAGGGAGCCACCUUUCUCUGCCACCUCCUGCCACAGCAACCAAAGUGGUUUUCGGUGCCCACAGGCCUAUUCCCCCUGCAUUGGGGACAGCCAAGGAGCUCUGUAAAGAUGAUGCUCUCCUAACAACCUACACCUGACCUUGACCUUGACCUUGACCUGUGAGGAGCCACCUCAGCAGGAGUCCAGGGCAUGCCACCCAUCCUCAUCCUGGAUGCCAUAACCAACCUUGGCCCCGGGGGUCCAUCGGAAGCACCCUUGCACCUUUGCGGAUGAGCCAGGCUUCCCCAGCUCCACAACAGGAUGUAGCCACUUCUAAGCCAGUGAGGAGCUGCAGAUCCCAGGGCCCCACAGUGAGCUCCCACCCGCAGGUCCCCUUCUCCCUCUUCCUUACCCUGGGUGCUGCCUAGAGCUGCCCUUCCUGGGAAGGAGUCUGGGUGGAGUCUUGUGAGUGGACAGACACUGGAAAGUAGAAAAGAAUGAUCACAGAAGCAGCGCCACACCUGGUUUUGCAGAAGAAACAGGUGGCUGCUCUGUCACCAGGGCAGGUGCCUUAGCCUCCAGGGUCAUCCUCAGGGAAGCAGGGUAAGAAGACAGGCCUGUCAUCCUGGAGAAAGCAAAGUCUCGGGUGGGGACAAGUCUCGUUUGGGGUCUAGAGGUAGCUCCGUUACCCUUGGGGUGGAGCACACCGACCUGGUGACCCCACAGAAGCUGGCUGAGGUGUGCGCUGUGGAAUUCCCUUGAGGAGCCCACAGUUUGGGUCUCAUCUGUGAAAUUAGCCCUUGCUGGUGGCAAAAAUUAGGAGCCUCAGCUUGGACAAGGUUUUGAGAGUGUCCAGACCCUGAGUAGCCCAAGUCCACUCUUCAGAAUCCCUGCAGACUGGGCUGCUUCAGCGCCAGCCACUGGGGAACUUCCCACCUGGGGCUGGCCAUUGUCCUAGGAGGGAUCUGAUGUUAGAAAGCUCCUUCUUGGACCAAACUGAUGGGGGCACCUAGGGGUCUUACCUUUAGGUACAGUCUCAUUCCUUGGGUGCGCCCCCCACACACACAACUGAACAGCCAGUGCUCUUGAACAUGGCAGCUUUCCAGUGUGAUCUCUGGGAAGUUGGGCUGCAUUUGGCUCCAACAGGGCCAGCAGGGACUGGAGCCUGUGCUGACCAGAGCAUGAGGGCCUCCCUGCCUCUUUGUGACGGGGCUGAGUGAGGCUGGAGGACCUGUGUGCCGCACAGGUUGGUGCCCAGUGGCUUCUCCACCUAGACUCUGCUUACGUGGUGAGGAGAAAAACAUGGCUCCAGGGGCCUGGCUGUUGCAAUUUUUUUUUUUUUUUGUAUUUGAACUGUGGACUACUGAAUCCAUUUUCUUUUUCCCACUGAACUGAUUGGAGUCUUGACUGACCUUGAGUCUGACAUGAGCCCUCUGUAGAUCUCCUUCACUGGAUCCCCUUAGGUGUGUUCCCUAGCAGCCUGCACCCUCCUUCAGAACCUCACACCCACCCACUGAGUGCAGGAGGCAGCACAGGUGGCCCCAAGGUGCCUGCUCAUCUGCUGGGCCCAGGUGGCCCAUUAAAGGAGGGCAUUUCUACAUCAUUCACUCCUCGGGACCAGUGGCCUGAGUUCUAGAUUAUGGGGUUGAAAGAGAUUUUUUUUUCUGACAGGGACGUCCCUGCCUCAGGUUUGGUGAACAAGCCUAUGCUUGUUGUACCUCCGAGAGGCUGCUGGGGGUAGAAGGGUACCCCAGCCCAUGGCCAAGGGCUGCCCAUUCGAGGCAUCCCAUUUAUGUGAACUGUAAGGGGCCUGGCCAAGGGGCAGUGCCAAGGAGGUCAAAAGCAGCCCCUGGGCUUGAGUUUUCCAAGAAAACGCCCUGAGAAUUGUAAAUAUGUACAUUGUCCUGUCUAUUUUGGUAAGCAUUGUUGAUCAAUUAAAAGCAAAUGUUCCGUCUUAAAGCUACCUCAGUAAGUGACAAUACCUCAAGUCUGUCUUCAGCCACCAGCUUCAGCUGGUCACCCAGUCCUCUGCUGGGACUGCUUGCCUGGCUGCUGUGCCACAUGGCACCCAUGGCCCAAGGCCUGGGCUCUGAGAUGGUAGGGACAGGAGCUGCUGGCUUGGGCAGGAGGGGAAGGGGCCAGCAGCCAGGUCAGCCUUGAACUCCACCUUCCUGUGAAGGACGAGGAGACCGCCCCCUUCUGGGUAGCAGGACAGCCAUGGAGAGAGCCCUUUGUUGCAAAAGUGCAAGAGGAAGGGGCUCAACCCUGACCUUCACGGCAACACCGCCACAUCACCUUGAACUUGAACAGUAGCAAAACUACCUGCCGCUACAGGCUGCGUAGAUAGUCCAGCUUUAAAAGAAAGACACUUUCUCCAUCCUGUGCCCUCUAACAGGAGAAGUGAAAAUCUAGACCUGGCUGCACUGUGUGGGUGGCAGCCACACCUGCUGACCUGAGCUGGUGCUUGCAGGUGUGCUGGACCAGGGGCAUGCUCCAUGCGGAUCCCUGUCUCUGCUGCUCAUUUUCACAGCAGCACUGCCUGGAGGACUUGGGUAUUCCCAAAGAUUUACAGGAGGCUGGCUGGCUUGGGACACAGCCCUGGCAGGACCUUUCCAGGAUGCUGUCCCUUGGCUAGGACACUUGGGGUAGGGGGUGCCCUUCUGAAGAUGCCAGAUGACUUACAGAGGUGAAUCCAGGUGGUACCAUGGCUCUCCACCCACCAGACGCAGCUAAUGGAAGGGGCUGGGACCAACUAGGCUGCCCUGGAACUAGCCAAAUGGAGACAAGGUGCACAUGCACAGGGUGCAGCCUGUGGCAAGUGCAUUUCGGGGGAACUCAGCAGCAAGUUUCAGUGGGGAGUGUGACCCCAGAGAGAGACAUGCAGUAUGGAGAGCAGGCCUGAGCAGUCCACCAAGGAGUAGCAGAGGGGCCAGAGAAGGCAAGUCCCCAGCCUCCCAGCCCCUCAGCCCUCUACCCAUGGGGACCUGACUGCAAGAUUGGUAGGCGGAGCCAACCAGGGCUACAUCCCCAGGCCCAGAGCCUGGUGUUUGGACAAAGUAGGUGACAUAUUAGGGACUGUUGGCUCGAGUGAGCCUGUGCAUUAGUGCAGGCCUCUGGACAAAUGACCCUGACCACAUAUGAUGGCUAUGUUCUGGAUGGUGAAUGUCUUUUCUUGUCUUCUGAUGAGGGAAGUGAGGACUGUGCUCUCUGUCCCUCAGAUGGACCAGAAUCCUUCCCUACAAAAAGACCAGUUGCAUUAGAAAAAGACCAUCCUAGCUCAGAUCCACCAAGCCCAGCAGUUUUGCUUCACUUUUAAAGAUAUAAAUAACUUCUGUGGAAAGCACUGUAACCUUCAAGAUCUAAAUAAAAAUUCCAUUAUAACCUGUCUAAACUAA